UUGCAUACACUUCCUUCCCUUUCACAGUCAGAGCAGUAGACACAGGCACGCCGAGGAGCCUCCCGUCAAGUGAUGCUCCAUCAACCCUACCCUGGACUAAAACGUAACCAUUCAAGAACAAAGAAUGAAGACAAUUGCAUUUUCUUUGGGUGUCCUUCUUCUAAUUGGGGCAGCUAAAGCUACAGGAUCUUUUGACAUAAAAGCUACGAAAGAUGGAGAGGGGAUUAAACUCAGUUGUUCCGGUGGUUCAUUUUGGGAAAAUAAAGGAAAACUGAUUAAUGCAAGCAUGACAGACCUUACUCUCCCAUAUGAGGAUGCGAGGUCAGGGGAAUAUGAAUGUUUUCACACAGACGCAGACGCAGACGCAGACGCAGACGCAGACUCAAAAAAAAUCUCAAAGGGAACAAUUCAUGUCAGAUUCCGGACCUGUGAAAACUGCAUCGAGCUGAACUGGCCUGCACUGGUGGGGAUCAUCCUCGGCAACGUUGUGGCCACCAUCCUCAUUGGAGUCUCUGUGUACUACAUCUCCACACAAUCCAAAGGACCAAGCUUCCCUAGCAACAAAGCUUCUCAAGAAUCUGAUCGAAGGAACCUGAUCCCCAACGACGCAACUUAUCAGCAACUUAACCCUGUCAGACGAGAUGAAUAUGGUGUUAUCGCCCAAAGGAGGAGAUAAACUCUCUCUCUCCACUCAACAACAGCAGUGAUAAACAAUACCAUUUCUCAUCUGGACAUAAUAUCGCCAAACACCAACCACCCAAACACACUCUGAUAAGACUCUGUCUUUCUAACAGGGUAGCUUACUUUAGGUUUCAAACAUGGAGAAAUAAUUUGAAAUUUGAUGUACAUAUAUACAACAAUUAUUAUGUUACACAUAGACGAUUACAGCACUAGGUUGAAACACAGAUUGAUGUUUUCUUUGCAAAUCUCUUUGAGUUGACCCGUAGUUUUUAGUUGACUUAUCCCUUAACACUGUGUUCAUGUUCAGGGUCCACCUGAACAAACUAGACUGAACAAAAAAAUGUAUACAAAAUGGCGAGUUUUGGUUCCAUUUCUUGGUAAUUUCUCGAUGCUCACAAAAAGCUGAUCCCUCCCAGGUUUUAAAUUCUUUGCACAAAUUCAUAUCUGUAACCACAGUCAUGUGGAGUCACUAGUUUAUUGCCUAAUGCAGUAAUCGAUUCCCUCAUAACUAACUGAGUGAAAUAUUUGUGAUUGUUUCCUAAUGCGUUUAUAUUGUUGUACAGUCCAUGUUGUCAUGUUUUGUAUGGCUAUGUUUCAACUCAACUUUAUUUAUAACUUUACAUUAGCUGUGCUUAGGUGCUGUCUACUUAAUACUUCAUUUAUUGAUGAGUAAAAUGUGCUCUUAAUUACAUGGUAUAACUAAUUUCUCUUAGAUCUCAGAAGAUGUGUAAUAAUAUAAACUUUAUUACAAGACAUAUUAUUAAUUUCUUAAGUAUAUUGUUAUAAAGACAUGCAACUACAAAGCAAGACUGAAAGCUAUAUCAGUGGUAAAGGAAAAGUUUUAUCAGCUAGUUUUUAUAAACUAUGAUUUUUCCCUUCCAUUUUACAAGCCAACAAUUCUCAACAGACUUGCCAUACUUUUUGUAUGGCAAGUCUGUUGAGAAUUGUUGGCUUGUAAAAUGGAAGGGAAAAAAUCAUGACUCAAGAUUGAAGUGCAUUUUAAAAACUUUUAGAAAUGGUUCCAGUGCAUUCUAACCUGUAAUGUGUUAUGUAUCCUAUUAGAUUACUCAAUACAGUGGAGCUGUCUCACUUUUAACUUUUCUUUUCGUGCAGAGGAGAGUUUCCAUGUAAUAUUUGUCUUGAAUAUUUUUCUGUCUUGAAUAUUUUCCUUCAGUUACAACCUCUUGCAUGGGACUUUGUUCAUGUCAGUGUUUAACGUAUGACAGAUUUGUUCUUGAUGAAAUAAAGUAAUCUAGCCUUCA